CGGGGUAGGAUAUAGUGACCUUGAGACGGAGGUGGUGCCCCCUCACGACUUCCUUUGACAUUACUGACGUCACGAAAAGAAUGGCGACCUGCACGAAGUUUCGAUCUGCCGUGCUCUUGAGGCGAGCUUUCCAGGGCCAAGGGCGGAGAUGGAGCCACGCCAAGAUUACAACCCAUUACACUAUAGUUCCACGAGAAAACGACCCAAGAUGGAAAGAAGUGGACAUGAGCCGGGUUUCGGACGAAGCCGACGUAGUCAUCGUGGGUGGAGGGCCGGCCGGGCUGUCGGCCGCCAUUCGUCUGAGGCAGCUUGCAAUCGAAGCCGACAAGGAACUGAGGGUGUGCCUGGUCGAGAAAGCCUCUCAGAUCGGCGGACAUACGCUUUCCGGCGCCUGCAUCGAGCCUGGUCCGCUGAUAGAGCUGUUCCCGGAUUGGAAAGAAAGAGGCGCCCCACUGCACACCCCCGUGAAAGAAGACGAAUUCUACUUUUUUACGGAGAAAUCCCAGUUCAAGAUUCCAGUCUUCAAAGGCCUUCCCAUGUACAACCACGGAAACUACAUUGUGCGGCUUGGGAACGUGGUUGCCUGGCUGGGCACCCAGGCGGAGGAGUUGGGUGUUGAAAUCUACCCCGGCUAUGCAGCCAGUGAGGUGCUGUACCACGAGGAUGGCAGCGUCAAGGGCAUUGCCACCAAUGACGUUGGCAUUGCCAAAGACGGUUCUCCCAAGGACACCUUCGAGCGGGGCAUGGAGCUGCACGCCAAGUGCACAGUCUUUUCGGAGGGGUGCCACGGCCACCUGGCCAAGCAGCUGUUCAAGAAGUUUGACCUGCGCAAGAACUGCCAGCCGCAGACGUACGGCCUGGGCCUCAAGGAGCUCUGGGAGGUAGACCCGGCGAAGCACCGGCCGGGCCUGGUCAUGCACAGCAUCGGGUGGCCCCUCGACAAGGACGUCUACGGGGGCUCGUUCCAGUACCACCUGGACGAAGGGGCGCCCCUGGUGUCCCUCGGGUUCGUGGUGGGCCUGGACUAUUCCAACCCGUACGUGAGCCCCUUCAAGGAGUUCCAGCGCUACAAGACGCACCCGGCCAUCCGGAAGGUGCUCGAGGGAGGCAAGCGCAUCGGCUACGGGGCCAGGGCGCUCAACGAGGGAGGGCUCCAGAGCCUGCCCAAGCUGAGUUUCCCUGGCGGCUGCCUGGUUGGCUGCAGUCCGGGGUUCAUGAACGUGCCCAAGGUUAAGGGAACGCACAACGCUAUGCGCAGUGCCAUGCUGGCCGCCGAAGCCAUCUUUGAGCGUAUCUUCAGCGAGGCUUCUUCCCCGACUAAAGGUCUGGAACCGACGAGCUACGAAGAGAGGGUACGCAGCAGUCCACUGUGGAAGGAGCUCAGCUCCGUGCGCAACAUCCGGCCUUCCUUCAACUCAGCCCUGGGUAUCUAUGGGUCGGUGCUCUACACGGGGAUCUUCUACUUCCUCGGCAGGGGAAAGGAGCCCUGGACGCUGUCGCACCACGGUUCGGAUGACAGCAAGCUGAAGCCCGCCAAGGAGUGCAAGCCCAUCGAUUACCCCAAGCCGGACAAUGUGGUGUCCUUCGACCUGCUUUCCUCGGUGGCCCUGACGGGGACCAAUCACGAGGGGGACCAGCCGGCGCACCUCACCCUGCGCGACGACGACGUGCCCGUUGACCGGAACCUGGCCGUCUUUGAUGGGCCCGAGCAACGUUUCUGUCCCGCAGGGGUCUACGAGUAUGUACCAGUCGAGAAAGGCGAAGGGAUGCGUCUGCAGAUCAACGCUCAGAACUGCAUCCACUGCAAGACGUGCGACAUCAAAGACCCCAGCCAGAACAUUAACUGGGUGACGCCCGAGGGGAGUGGAGGCCCUGCCUACACCGGCAUGUGAAGCGGCGCUUCAUCGCAGACUACUCUAGAGGAAGGAUGCGAGCUCCUGCUACCUCGCCUCAAAGGCCAGCAACUUUGGGCACAGUCGUAAACACGUCAACAGAAGGUUUGCUCGACUACACCUCCAAACAAAAGCUGUAUUUUACGAGGGUGGGGUGGGUCGUAAGCUGUAUAAAUAAAAACAAAGUGUUUAGUUUUAA